AUGGCCGCCACCAACACCCUUCCGACGAGACCGGCACCGCAUGCCUCUGCACAGACAGGAGCAGGCCUUGCAGCCGCCAUGGCUGAUGUGGCGAUCUCCCCUACGUCCCCGACUACCGCGCGCAGCACGUCUGUGCGCGUCUCGGUGCCGCUCGAUCCGGCGACUGCGAAGCCCGUGGGAGCCGAUACAGCAAGAACCCCGAGCUCUGGCGUGAACAGCACAACCUAUACAGCUCGCAAGCUGGUGCGCCGCGACAGUAUGGAGCGUCGGGAGGCGCUGCUCAAGGGUAAGGAGGGCAGUCGGCAGCGCAGACGCUGGGAGAAUGACCGUCUGCUCUCCAAUCCAUGGGCGGCGCCACCCCUCCCCUCAGACUGGGAAGUGCGCCCGACCUACCAGCGCCGCAGCGUGCCCUACUACCUUGCGCCGUUGUGGGACGCCGCGGAGUUCCAGCGUGCCGUGGAGGCCAAGAUACGCGGCGCCCGCCGCAAGGGCAGCAUGCGCAGCACCACCACCAAGUCAGGCAGCAAGAACGGCAGCCUCAAACACCCCGGCAUGAGCCCGAUGGAGGAGGCUGCGGCGGCGAUCCCCAAGGAGGUCAAGGCCAGGUUGAAGCGGAAUAAGACUGCCAAGGGCCUCUUGAUGGAUCUGGAGGAGGAGGUUAGGGUGUUUGUGCGGGAGUGGAACGCGAGGAGUGUGAAAGGGGAAGAUGAUGGGAAGAGGUGGGGGAAAGAGGGGAGGGAGAGAAGCGAGACGUUGGACAGCAUGGUUAUGGUAUCGAGUGAAGAUGAGGAGGAGGAUGAGGAGAUUGUGUUUGUGGGCAGGAACGGUAGUAUGGUGGAUGGAUUGCCGAAGGCCGAGAAAAAGAAGCCAAACCCGGCGCAGGAGACGUCCGAGUGGCAGCAGACGAUCAGCCGGGAGAAGCUGGUGUUUGACGGGUCUGAGGCCGACAAAGGUGCGAGCUUUGCACGCUGGUUGGUUCACUGCGUGGGGAGUUAUUAUGGGUUGCGGACGUGGAGCGUGACACGAGAAGUUCAGGGCAGUGAGAAUCGGCGGGAGGCGUAUGUGGGGAUUGAUGAGCGUGCGACGGGGUUCAUGGGGAGGGGUGUUGAGGUAGGCAGAGAGGUCGAGCUACCUAGGCCACUGUGGGGAAUGGUGUGA